AUGCGGUUCAUACUAGCAGUUCUGGCUUUGGUCAGUUGUACGAUGGCCGCUGUCCAUCAGAUGCAACUGACGAAAAUCGAGUCUCAACGUACUAAGAUGAUGCGUAAAGGCACAUGGUCUGAGUACAUUAAAAUGAAGAAUAUUCGUCGUAUUGCAAUGGAGCGUAGAAUGGGAAGUUUCGCCAACGCCGUACCUCAGAAUGUAAGUCAGUGGUGCAUUGAAAUAAUUGCGUUGGAGAUCGGUAAUCGGGAAUGGUGGAUGCAGGAUUGGGAAUGGUGGAUGCAGGGACGAAUGAGACUUAUCAUUUUUAAAGUGCUAUCCAUUGUUGCAUUCCUUGGAGCUUUUAAGGUGAACGAUUAUGAGGACGAAGAGUACAUUGGAAACAUUACAAUUGGAACCCCUGAGCAGCAGUUCCAGGUGAUUCUCGACACGGGCUCAUCGAACCUAUGGAUACCUGAUAGUACAUGUGGCCAGGUUCACGAAAAUUGCCAAGAUGUGAAUUGUGAAAGACUGGUUUGUGAAUUUCUGUGCAGUGAUCAGUCAUGCUGUGGUGGUGGUGUGAACGCAUGCCAGGGUAAGAACAUAUUCACGUCGUCGAAAUCUUCUUCGUACGUCGCCAACGGUCAACAUUGGUCCAUUCAGUACGGUACCGGAUCAGCAGUCGGUUUCCUAGGUCAAGAUACCGUACGAUUUGGAGGAAUCGGUACGAAUCAGCUUGCCGUGCCUAACACCGUGUUUGGACAGGCUACAAGUCUAGCGGCAUUCUUUGCUGAUCAACCGAUCGAUGGUAUUCUUGGAUUAGCAUUCACGACAAUUGCUGUCGAUGGUGUCACCCCUGUAUUCAUCAAUGCUGUAGAACAAGGACUUGUUGAUCAGCCAAUUUUCACCGUCUUUUUGGAGCAUGUAGGCGCUCAGGACAAUGUUUAUGGCGGUGUUUACACCUAUGGUGGUUUGGACACCACAAAUUGUGGCCCAGUACUUGCAUAUCAGCCACUUUCCUCGGCAACCUAUUUCCAGUUCAAGCUUGAUGCCGUUGCUUCAAGUACUUACUCAUCAUCCAAAGGUUGGCAGGUGAUUUCCGACACUGGCACCUCAUUGUUGGCUGCACCAACUUCAAUUGCUAGCUCAAUCGCUGAUGCUAACGGAGCUACGUACGACGCUGAAAACGAAGUGUACUUCAUCGACUGCAACGCCAAGCCAAGUUUGGAUUUGACGAUUGGAGGCAACAAGUACACCAUCACAGCAGCGAACUUGGUCAUUCCUUCGGGUGAUGGUCGUUGUCUCCUGGCCAUCUUCGGUAUGAACAACUUCGGAUUCGGUCCGGCAUGGAUCCUUGGUGAUCCAUUCAUCCGCCAGUACUGUAAUGUUUAUGAUGUUGGACAACAGCAAAUUGGUUUUGCUAACUCGCUUCAAAAGUAA